UAUAUAAGCCUUGUGAUGGGCUGUUGAACCUCCACAUGGUUGCAUCCGGAGCAUCAGGCGGCAGCAUGAACCCACAGCGAUGGAUGCUGGUUGUCUGCUUUUCACUGGCCUCAGUUUUUGGGACUGGUGAAUCUGUGACAACGGCUGAAACUCAGACAUAUACUUGCACAACAUUUGGCAGCGGCGUCGUCCAGCCUUUCAAUGGUUCAGCUUUCUAUGUGCACUCAAACUGCCCGUUCAUCUUCACCCGCUUCACCCACAACCGGGUUAAAUGUGACGUCACCGUACGGCGAGGAGACAACGGGCUGCUGGUCCAAGUCGAGAUAAUCAUCAACAAAGUCAGGACUGUUCUGCAGAAUGGAAGCAUCCUGGUGGAGAAGAAAAGCGUUUCCCUCCCAUACGACCACACCUACCAGCACAUUUUCCACUAUGGCCUCUAUACUCGGCUGAGGAGCUCGCUGCUUCCUCUGUCUGUCACCUGGCAUGAUGUACCUGGAGGGAUAGACUCUCUGAGGGUUGAUCUGGAGCAGGAGCUGAACACCGACAUGAUGGGACUGUGUGGAAAACAUGGCGCCUCAGGCAACAAGCAGCAGCUGAUCUCAGAGAGCGUGCUCAGUGAGGACACAUGCCAGAUCCGAGAUCCCAUCUUCACUGUUAAUCAAGAAUGCAGAGAGUUUUUCUCCUACACGUUGGAUUGUCUACAAGCCAGAACGCCUUUCUACAUGCAGCUCUGUGAGGAGAACAUCUAUGGCUAUGAACUGAACGAACACAUCGUCUGCGCUUUCUUCAAAGAAAUUGUCCUGCAGUGUGGAAACAACAGCUACGCCUGGAACAUUUGGAGAUACGUCACCAGAUGUGCUGAACCAACUUGUCCUGGAGAUCUGGUUUACGUGGAACAAGGUGCUGCCUUCAUUCCCAGCUGCUCCAACCCAAACCCCAGAUUCUCCAACCAGGACAUGACCAGCUCCUGUGUUUGCCCAAAGGGUGAGGUGCUUAAUGAUCACUUGGAUGGUUUCCAGUGUGUGGUUGAAUCCAGCUGUCCCUGUGUGUUCGCUGGCAGGAGCUACUUAACCGGAGAUAUACGUAGCACCAAGUGUCAGUCAUGUGUGUGUGAUGGUGGAAGGUGGCUUUGCUCUGAAAACUUCUGUCCACCCAGAUGUCUCAUUGAAGGACAGUUUGUGACGACGUUUGAUGGCAAACAAUAUGCAGUUCCUGGUAAAUGUGCGUACGUGGCCUUACAGGAUCUCGACUGGACAAUAAAAAUCGAAUUUUCUGAAAAGGAAGCAUCUCUGAAGGCAGUUACUCUGCAGCUCUAUCAGGAAACGUUUACAUUUGAACACAACAUGGUUAAAACUGGAGACGAGGAGAUUACUGAGCUCCAUCAGUCUGAUCAUGUCCUGGUUUUCUGGCAAUCCUCCAUGUACGUUCAAAUCUACACAUCCUUUGGUCUGAAGAUCCAAGUCCAGGUGUCUCCUGAAAUCCAGAUUUACAUUACAUCACCAAAAAACCACACCGGUAUAAUGUCUGGUCUUUGUGGCAACAGCAACAAUGACACCACAGACGACUUCACCACCAGCAGCGGGAUCAUCGAGAACUCGGCUCAGCCUUUCGCUCUGUCCUGGAGUCUGGGCAGCUGUGCAGUGAACAUCCCCAACAGCUGCAUCAACACCGACAAUGAAAUCUUUGCUGAUGACAAGUGCUCAGUGUUGAACAACCCAGCUGGGAUUUUUGCUAAGUGUCACGGUCACAUCCCUCCUGAACAAUACCACACAGCUUGUGUCCAAAGAACCUGCAACUGUGGCGGCAACCUGCAGCAGUGUUUGUGUGUUUCUUUGGGAAGUUAUGCCAAAGCCUGCAGGAGCCUCGGGGUUGAACUUGGUGACUGGAGGAAAUCUACCAACUGCACUCUGAAAUGCCAAAAAAACCAAGAGUUCUUCUAUGACAUCCGGGCCUGUAACCGUACAUGCCGCUCCCUGUCUGGCCGGGAUCCCCGCUGUGGGCUUGAAGAUGCUCCUGUAGAGGGAUGUGGCUGCCCUGAAGGAACCCACCUGAACCAAGGAACCUGCACCCCGAAGUCGGAAUGUUCCUGUCACCACCACGGUGGUACAACGCCACCGGGGCCUGUUGUCAUGGACGGACGACAGUGCCUCUGUGAGGACGGACAACUGCACUGUUCCAAGGACUGUGGUUGCAGAAAUGGGAAGGUUUGCGUUCACUGCUCAGAGUAUCUGGUUAACACUGCUCAGAAAACCUGCGACAGCCUCAGCAAACCACUGGGUACCAAUACGACCUGUGAGAGCGGCUGUUACUGCCCACAUGACCAGUACGAGGAUCACCAUGGAAACUGCGUUUCCAGGGACAACUGCACCUGUGUGUACAGUGGCCAAGUGUUCAGCGCAGGACAGCACGUGAAAACCAACUGUAAAACAUGCUUCUGUGGUUCUGGUCAGUGGCACUGUAAGGACGAACCGUGUCCCGGGACAUGUCAGGUUUACGGAAACGGACAUUACCAGACCUUUGACUCUAAAUGGUAUCGCUUUGAUGGACACUGUCAGUACACGCUUGUAGAGGAUUACUGUGCAGAUGGAAAUGGCAGCUUUUCUCUCAGGGUGGAGAGCGUCCCAUGCUGUGAUGAGGCAUUGACCUGCUCUCGCUCCAUCAUCCUGGAUCUCCAGGGGGAAGUCACCCUGACACUGAGCGACAUGAUGGUGACCAAGCGCCUCAAAAAAGCCUGGACUCUGCAGGAGGAUCCACUUUACACCACACACACUGUGGGACUCUAUAUCAUAAUCUCAGUGCCAAGCAGAGGUUUAACUCUCAUAUGGGACAAACACACUCGGAUCACCGUAGAGCUUCAUGCAGACUGGAGGAACAAAGUGUGUGGCCUCUGCGGGAAUUUUGACUCCAGUGAGAUGAAUGACCUGCAGAUAAGUGGCUCAGCAGUCGGGUCCAGUCCUCUGGCUUUUGGUAACAGCUGGAAAUCCGCCACACCACCUUGUUCCGAUGUGACCACUGAGAUAUUUCCGUGUGAACGAAACUCCUACUGCUCAGCCUGGGCCCAGCGGCGCUGCAUGAUCCUUACAGGAAACACCUUCAAAGACUGUCACUUAAAGGUGGAUCCAGAUCCCUACUACCAUGCAUGUGUGCAGGAGUCCUGCUCCUGUGAGUUUGAAGGGAAGUUCCUGGGUUUCUGCACAGCCGUGGCAGCUUAUGCAGAGGCCUGCAGCAACCAGGAAGUCUGUAUAAACUGGAGGACGCCUGAUUUGUGUCCUGUCUACUGUGACUACUACAAUGAGCAGCACCAGUGCAGCUGGCACUAUGAAGCCUGUGGUAAGAUGCUGACCUGUGGAAAAGUCAACUACUUCACUCACAAACUGGAAGGCUGCUACCCCAGAUGUCCAAAGGAGGCGCCGUACUACGAUGAAAAUACUGCUGAAUGCACCACAUUGAGGAACUGCACUUGUAAUUUCAAUGACACUGCAGUUCAGUCUGGAACAGUGGUGAUAAUAAACUCUAUGGAGUGCCCCUGUGAAAAUGGAACAAUUACCUGCCCACCUCCACCGACAACUAUACCAACCACCAUCCUUACAACAAGCACUGUGAAAACGACUACCAGUGAAACCACUCAGCUUUCCACUACCACUACACCAUUAACUACCACCACCAGUGUCUCAACUACAACUAAAAACUGGCCAACUACUACCACCAUCGCACCAACAACUGCUUCAACAAUGGCCACCACCACCUCUCCACCAACAACUCCAACUACUUCGGCUACCACCACCACUGCACCGACAACAACUACAUCAACGGUAUCAACCACCACCUCAACACCAGCAACUACCACUGAAACAUCGCCUUCCACCACCUCUACACCAACAACUACAACUACUUCAACUACCACCACCACUGCACCAACAACUACAUCAACAGUGUCAACCACCACCUCAACACCAGCAACUACCAUUGAAACAUCGCCUUCCACCACCUCUACACCUAGUUCAACUACCACCGCCACUGCACCAACGACAACUACAUCAACAGUAUCAACCACCACCUCAACACCAGCAACUACAACUAUUACAACUACCUCUGAAACAUCGCCUCCCACCACCUCUACAACAAAAACAACAGUUUCCUCAACUACCACUGAAACACCAUCAACAAUGGCCACCACCACCUCUACACCAACUACUGCGACUACUUCAACCACCCCUGAAACAUCGGCAACAAUGUCCACCACCGUCUCUACACCAAGAACUAGUGCAACUACCAUUGAAACAUCGUCAGCAAUGCCCACCUCUACACCAACAACUACAUCUACUUCAACUACCACCGAAAUAUGGUCAACAAUAGUAACCUCCACUUCUACACCAAAGACUACAACUACUUCAACCACCCCUGAAACAUCGUCAACAAUGCCAACCUCCACCUCUACUCUAUUGACAACAAUUAUGGACAUCUCUACCACUGAAAAUUUGCCAACUGAGCUUUCCACCAUCACCACUACACCAAUAACUACCUCAACUGUAACCCCAGUAGCCCCUACUGAAGCUAGCACAACAACUGCCUCUACCAAAUUACCCACUACAUCAACCACAACUGGGCCGAGCACUACUCCUUCAAAAACAACUGUUGUCUCAACACAACUUACAACAAUAACAGAUGGCACUGAAUACACCACAGAGCAGACAACCACAGCGCCUACAAGUGAAGCCCCUAGCACUUACACACUUAUUACAGAAACCUUCACCACUAAAAAACAGAUAGAGCCAACAGCAACAACGCUUCAGUCAACAACCCCCUUUGCAACCAGUACUACACCUGUUGUAACAUCAGGUCUAACUGAAGUUCCCACCACAGAAGCUUCUACUUACAUAUCUACCUCACCUACCACACCACCAGAGUGUAACUGUACAGAUCUGAAAAGGAAACAAAGCUGGGCUUCUGGUGACUCGUGGACAGAGGACUGCUUCCAUAAGAUCUGUACAAAUGGGAAGCUAGAGAUGACCCCUGUGGUUUGUCCUGAAACUACAACUCCCACCUGUCCUAGAGGUCGGGCCACGAAGGUGUCAGAUGGAUGCUGUGAAACAUGGAAGUGUGACUGCCGCUGUGAAGUGUACGGAGACCCCCACUAUAUCACUUUUCAAGGAUUAAACUAUGAUUUCUUGGAUGAAUGCACCUACACCCUGGUGGAAGAGCAGUCACCACGUCACCAUCUAACCAUUGUUGUGGACAACUUCUACUGUGUGCCGGGUCUCCAGGGCUCCUGUGCUAAAGGCAUCACCCUGACAUAUAACAACAAUAUAGCUACACUCCGUAUCAUCCCACAUUUGUUUACAGUGCAGGCCACUCUGAACAAUGUGACCAUACAGCCGCCCUAUGAGGAGCAUGGGUUGAAGUUUGAGACUACAGGGUAUAUAAUGUCAGUUAAUCUCCCAGAGCUUCGCUCCUUCAUCUCCCUCAGUCCAUCGUAUACGCUGGUGAUCAAUCUGGCCAUGGAGCACUUCCUUAACAACACCCAAGGACAAUGUGGGGUAUGUGGCGGUCCAUCGUGUAUCCGUAAAGGAGGAAAGAUUGAGGAUGACAGCUGCUGUGAUAAGACGGCCUAUGACUGGGUGUACCCUGACCCUAAGAAGCCGGCCUGUUUUUCUGCACCAAGGGAUGUACCCUGCCAUCAUGGGCCAACACCCACACCGCCUCCAACUUUUUGCCCUCCGAACCCACUAUGUGAACUGCUACACCACCCAGUCUUUGAAAAUUGCAGCAAGUAUGUGGAUCUGAACGUUAAAAAGAAGAACUGUGAGUUUGAUUCAUGCAGUGGUUCAGAUUCCUCCUGCUCCUCUUUGGAACAAGCGGCUGAGGAAUGUAAAAAGGCUGGUUUCUGUAUUAACUGGAGAAGGCUGACUAAUGGAAGCUGUGAUGUGAAGUGCAGAGAGGGAUUGGUUUACAGAGAAUGUAGCGACAAGUUGGAUGACUUCUGCCACGGAGGAGUGCCUUAUAAAGGGGCUUCCCUUGAAGAGAAGAGCUCAGGUUGUUUCUGUCCCAGAGGUCUGCUCAGGCCUGGAAAUCACUCGAACAUGUGUGUUUCUGAGUGUCCCUGUUGCAAAGGACCAGUUGGAGAGCCCAAGUGGCCUGGAGAUGUAUGGCAGUCUGGUUGCAACCUGUGUACAUGCAACAACCGGACUCGGAGGGAGGAGUGUUAUUUCAAACCUCCUAAACUUCGCUGUGGCCCCAGUGAUGUUUUGAUAAACACCAGCUGCUGUGGCGACCAGAUGUGUGUUGAGACGAUCUGCAAGUAUUCUGGGAAGACUUACAAGGUGGGAGACAGAUGGAAAGAUGCUGCUCAUCCCUGCAUGUCAUUCAGCUGCAGCAAAGAAGGAGUUGAGAUGGAGACUAAAGUGUGUCCCAGAGAAAACUGCUCUGAGGAGGACAGGAUCUGGGACAACCAGCGCUGCUGCUUUACAUGUAACCAGAGCUGUUCCCCCAAAGUGUCCAACUUCAGCGUCACCAUAGAAAACUGCACCGCCGUGGUACAGAUUCCUGUGUGUCGGGGCCAGUGUGAGUCUAAGUCGAGGCUGGUGUUACACGGCGACCUGCAGGUGCAGCAGGAGGACAGAUGCUGUCAGGAGAACAGUUCAGAGAGACGAUCAGUGACGCUGCACUGCUCCGACCAAACCACCAGACAACACACCUACAGACACAUCACCGGCUGUGAGUGCAGAGCUCCCAUCAUAUGGCGCUGAAACGUACAAACUAAAGCCGACAAUCAUCCGUUUGUGUCCAUUAGACUUUAAAAUCUACAUGUAAGGUUUUCAAAUUCAGCGGUUUUAUUUUAACAGGUGCUCCAUUUAUUUUCUUCCAAUAAAGGGAAUCAUUUACUAAUCAGAA